AUGUUAACUAUCGUCGAUUCCUGGAAGGCGGCGGAACUGAAUAAAGUGGAUUUCUUCAGUGAUGUUUCGCGGAAGUGGGCAAGGCGAUCUCCUGGAUGGCAAAUGCUUUGUAAAGCCGUGCGGAAGAAAGUGCUCUCCCGGAAACCGGGGAUCAAGAAUACACAAAAACUCCGUCGUUCAGAGCAAGUGGCAGGGCUGAAUGUGGGGUUACGCCCGGUGGCUGUGGCAAAGUUUUUCGCUCCUAACUGA